GUUGAAUAGAAUUGCGUAUUAAAAAUAAAGCAUCACUAUAAUUCAGAACUAAUUAUUUUCUUGUAAACAAGACCGAAAUGUGACAGUCACAAUGGAUAUGUCUAAUGCAUUUUGUAAAUGGUUUUUAUUAUGGAUAUAUCUGCUAAAGUCAUCAUUGGUUGUAGGUGAAAGAGUUUGGAUGGAUGAUGAAACUAUGUGCAAGAAGAAAACCGCCAUAUUUGUGUAUGACGGAAAACCUUUUUUCAUUCAGGCCAAAGAAGGAAAUAAAGACAAUCCACCAAAGAUUUAUGAUUGUGAAUUAAUUGUUGGUCCUUUUGAUGAAAACAGAUCAUUAGUUGUUACAUUUAUAUCCUUUUAUAUCAAGACUUGUGCUGUAACAGUUGCCAUUUCUGAAGGGAUAUCAUCGACAAUGAUGCAUGAAAAAUCCUUAAAAACGCUUGAUUGUAAUACUAAAGGCAAGGCAAAAGACCAAUCUUUUAGACUUUCCAAAGAGAAUACAUAUUUGAGAUUUUAUUUAAAGACAGAUAAUCCAAAUGAUCUCAGAUAUAAUUUCAUAUUAAAUAUAACUUCAGUACCGUUGAAACCAGAAGAUGAUAGUCAAUUGUCAGUAGGUGUAAAGAUUGGAAUAGCUAUAAUAAGUGUAAUAGCUUUUGUACUUAUUGUGUACUUUGUAUUCAAAAUUGUAAAACUGAGAAUGUCCAUAAAAGAGGACUUUGAUGUCUCCCCGUCUGCCUCUAAUCUAUAUAACCUUCCUGGUAGUAACGCAUCUAAUGUGAAUGCUUAUGUACCUGUCCCAGGGAAGGAACCAGCUGCAAGACAAAUAAGGGAACCAGAUCCAGAGAUCUAUUAUGAGUUCAGUCCAUCGGAGACACCAGUGAGAGAGAAUGGAUCAACUGACCCAAAGACACCAGAACUCUUACCUCCAACUUACGAGGAAGCUUUAGAAAACUCUGUGCCACUGACUGAAACAGAUCGUCUUAAUGCAGAAUAUGUAAAUUAUAAUACAGAAAACUCAUAAUGUAUACCUGUGUAAUUAUCAUGAUUUCAAGAUAGUGAGCCAUUGUUAGAACAAAUACUGUUAUAAGAAAAAGCUUUAAACAGAUCUUGCCACAAUUCAUUGGUUAUGAUGAAUAGGAUUAGAAUCUUUAGGUGGGGUCUAAACUUUAUUGGCAUAGUAUUUAAUGAGAGGGUGGCAGGACCCUUCUUGCGGGACAUUUGUAUCAGGUGUUUUUAAGCUAUGGAUUUCAGGAUUGAUCCUUUAGGGAUCCAAAUUCGUGAAUUCUUUUUUUUCAAAUUUUGGGAUGUCUAGAUUUUAAAUUCUUUAAAUUUUGGACCUUAGGAUUUCAUGUGUUUAAGCCCAGGAAUUUGGGAUCAUGACCCCUCCAAUCCCCCUCCAUUUAAUGGAAUUGAAAAUAUGUUUUGACUUCCAUUUAACCAAUGAUGAAUAGGGUUGUUUAAAACAAGGACAAGUUGAUUCCUAUAUGAAAACGUUGAUGUGUGUUUAAAAUACUGAACCUCUAAGAAUGAGAAGAAUUUAAAGUAAAAAGAGGAUAACUUGUGUUUACUAAAAUUGUGAGAGAAAAAAGUCCUAUGUUGUCUCAAAUAAUCCCACCUACCAUUCUAUAUGCAUAUUAUUUUUUCGAGAAACACUGGGGGAUCAGAAUAAAAUGUCUGAUUAAGCAGGGUUUCGAAAUACUCAGGUUUAUUCUGCAAGGAUACACAUAUUUUGAAACCAUCAAAAUGUAUUGGUUAAAGCAGGAUGUUGGAAUACACAGGUGUGGGAUUAGGCAAAAUACACUGUGUGUAUUCGCUUUUUAUUAAAAUUUUGAUUGAAAGGACAAUUUGUGAAUAAGGUUGAAAUGAAUUUUACAAAUUAUAACAGGUAGCUUUGUCUUUGCAAGUCUAUUUUGUUACAUUUUUUAAUGAUUUCUUCUGCCGUAGAAAGCUACAACUUGUUACUUUUUUUAUGUUCUAGAUAUAUAGGGUCAGUGGUGAAUCCAGAACUUUUUGAAAGUAGGGGGUCCUGCUAACUGACCUAAGGGGGGAUCCAGUCACAAUAUAUAAUCAACCAAAUUUUUCCCUGAAUCUGCCAAUGAGGGUAUUUUCGUGGAUAGUUGUCUUAUUAACAAUCAUAUGAGUCUAUUACUAUAAUUUAUGAAUAUGUAUAUUUGGAAUCAGUCAAUGGAUUUAAAAUAAAAUGAUAACAGAUAUCAGUAAAUAUUUGUAUGAGGAAUUAUAUUUUGUGAAUCAUCAAAGGAUAAUUCAUAUACCAUUUUUUAUUGGGUUUUUGCUCGAUGCUACAUCUAGUAGUGCUUUCAUUUUAUAAUUGAUUUUAUUGUGUAAAGAAAUCAUGCAGGAAUUACAUUAGUAUGAUGCUAAUCAUUCAAAAGUCAUUGAUCAAUACUUUACUGAACCACAGAUCCUCGAUCACUAAUAUUUCUCAAUCCAAAAAUAUUUUUAUUGUAUUCAUACAAUUUGUUUUUAUCAUAAUUCUAUAUGACAGGAGCUGUACUGUCCAAAUAUUUGUGCACUGCAAAUUGAAUAUAUAUUCAUUGCAUCAUUUAGUUAUUGAUUUUACUUCAUAUUAUGUUGUAACCUUACUUUUGUACAAAUGUAAUAUUUAAUUCAACAGAUAUUAAUUAUAAUUUUGUAAUCUCUGAGAUAUAAAAAAAAAGUAUGCAGGCAAUUGGUGUGAAAUUUGUCCUUUAAAAAAAAUAUUAGGUUGUUUUUUUCUUGUAUUGUGCGGGCAUGUUAGCUUCAACUAUGACCUCUUUAAACGAGGAAAUGUAUUGUUUUUGUUGUUGUAGGAUUUUGUUUCUAAAGUUAUUAGAUGUGUGUCUGUGUUAUUUAUUUUGUGAACAAAUACCUAAUGAAAAUAAAGUUGAUAAAUUGUUCACACUCUUAAUACAUACAUACUGUGAAAUUAAGAUUUUUUUUACAUGUCUCCCCUAAUAAUUUCCUGUAAAAGAAUGAUAUCUCACAAAAAUUGCUAAAUACUGGUCACUGCAAUUUUGAAGUGAGAUGUUUGCUCUAUAUUGGUGGUCUAAUUCAUUUAACCCUUGUUGAUCACAGCGACCGUUUGAACAUUUAUAAAGUGGAUAUGAAUUGUUAGUUUGUGUAUGGACAAUCAGCUUCAUUUCCAUCUACACCAAUAAUACUUUCAAUUAUUAUUUUAAUCAUCCGUCUCCUAAAUUUUCUAAUCAAUUAAAACCUGAUAAGCCAGAUAGAUAAACAUAUGGACGUAUUCUACUUUUAUAAAGAAAAUUAUUUUUCUUCUUUGAAUACAUAACAUAAAAGGAUUUUUUUUCAACCGUUAAAAUGAUGCACUUGUUAAACAUUUUAUGAACAAUCAUCCCUUGAAUUUUGUAAAAUAGUUGUUUUUGUUGCUUAUUUAUAUAUUAUCAUGUUCUAAGAUUGCACACCUUUGUAUUUUGUGCAUUAGAUUAAACUUUACUGCAAUUUAUCUAUAUAGGAUUACUAUAUAUGAAAUGGGUACAGACUACAAUAUGUGUUACAUUUAAUUGGGCUAGUAACACAGAUCUUGAAAAUAUGUGCAUUCAUGUCAUAGAUAAGUUUAACAAAUAUUUUUUUGUUUUUUUAGGUCUAUUUACUACUU